AUGAAUGUUUGUAAUAAAAAUUAUGUAAGGUACAAAGAUAAAAGGUGGACAUGGCUUGCAUUUUCUCCUACCAUUAAUGGUGCAUUUUGCAAGAAUUGUGUUUUAUUUGGUCCCAAAUUUGCUGGAAGAGCUCAGCAAAAAUUACAGAGCUUAGUAUUAACACCAUUUGCUAAAUGGAAAGAUGAUACUGAAACUUUUAACAACCAUCAAAAUAAUAAGUAUCAUAUUAAUGCAGAACAAACAAUAUAUUCCUUGCGAUCUAUCAAAAAUGGAGAAUCUAUGGAUACUAUUAGAAUAAUAGAUACUGGAAAGCAAGAACUAGUCUUGCAAAAUAGAUCAAGACUAACGCCAAUAAUUGACGCUAUCCUGGUAUGUGGCAUCCAAGGUAUCGCUCUUAGAGGUCAUAGAGAUAGCGGUGCGAUAUAUGAUAAUGAUAACAACAAUAAUGAUGGUAACCUAAGAGCUAUUCUUCGAAAUAGAUCUCUUGGAGAUCCCAUACUUAGAGACAAUUUGUUAAAUUGUCCUAAAAAUGCGACCUACUUGAGUCCAAUAAUUCAGAAUGAAAUCAUCUAUGCCUGCAAUGAAUUAAUAUUGAAGAAAAUUAUUACAAAUAUCAACAAAUCACCCUACUUUUCGGUCUUGGCUGAUGAGACCACAGAUGUCUCUGGAGUAGAACAAAUGUCUUUAUGUGUGCGCUAUAUAAGCCUGGAUGGUGAUAUACAAAUAUUAGAAGAAUUUUUACAAUUUAUACCAGUUAUGGAUAUGAGAGGGGAGGCCCUCGCCAAAACUAUUUUGUUAAAUUUAGAGAAAUAUAAGUUAAAUUUAAAUUUGAUGCGAGGACAAGAUUAUGAUGGUGCUCCGGCUAUGAGUGGCCAUUUAAAUGGUGUCAAAGCACAUAUUUUAAAAAAAUAUCCCUUCGCUAUAUAUGUUCAUUGUGCAUCUCAUUCGUUGAAUUUGGCAAUAUCCGAUUCAUGUGCUCUACCUUCUAUACGCAAUUCCAUGGCCAUUAUAUCCAAAAUUUAUGAUUUUUUUAAAUAUCCCAAACGGUCAGAUGUUUUGAAUCGAACUAUAUCAAUGAAUGCACCCGAAACACAUCAUCAAAAAUUAAAAAAAAUGUGCCCUACAGGAUGGGUUUACGUCAUGAUUCAGUUUCGGCAUUUAUAG